AUGUCUACUUCUACAAGCAACGCCACUCUACCACCUUUAAAUGAUUUGGUUCCUCUCUAUAUAAGUGAUCCGACAAUUCCCAAGCAAGACUCAGAAUGGCACCCUGAAAAGCUCAACUUGACAUAUGUCAAGUAUUUGCAAAGAGGUAGCACUGCUGAUAUACUCGCGGUACGUCAGGAGAAGAAAGAAGGGUUGUUUGCUGUAAAGGUUAUUUACAAAGAUCAUGAUCCCCAGGGAAGGCCGUUAAAUGAAAGCCAAAAGAGCCGAACUGUAUUGUUUACAAAGCAGGAAGCAUGCCUGUUGAUGCCUCUACGCCAUGAUCAUAUUGUGAGGUGCUUUGGAGCAUAUGAAACCCCAAGUGCAUACAUUCUUGUUUUUCAGUUUGCGAAAGGAGGGGAUAUGUACACCCUAAUUAACAACGGCAGAUUCCCUGAAGAAGUCGCCAUUCAUUAUAUAAGACAGCUUACCGGUGCAGUCACAUAUCUACAUGAGAAAAGAAUAAUUCACAGAGAUUUAAAGCCAGAAAAUAUCCUAAUAAAAAAUAGUAAGAAAAGGCCUAUCCCUACAACUGACGAUUCAAUACUACUAUGCGACUUUGGAAUGUCAGUGUGGGACAGUAGGAAGGAAGUAGCAAUUCCUACAGGGACAGUUGAGUAUGCAGCUCCAGACACCUACCUUGCUGGCUUUGAUAAACCAGUUGAUAUAUGGUCUAUUGGGUGA